GAACUCACAGAUUAAAAAGGGUGUAACCACUAAAUUUAUUAAUGAGGGCGUGGUUUUAAAAUGGAGGCUACUGAAGUAUUGACUCAUGUUCCUCCUCAACUGCAGAGACUUGUUAGGUUGGUAGUUAGAGCCUUCUAUCAGCCUGAACAUUACAUUGUAAUGGACAUAUUGGCAAAAUAUCCAUGCGUAAGUGAAGGGGACCUUGUGGAGUUACUAAGAUUAGAGCAGAAGAAACUAAGAGUAAUAUUAAUGCAUCUUAAAAGAGAUAAACUAGUAAAAAGUGUUCAGAGGAUGGAGUCCAAGGAGCUUGAGAAUGGAGAGAAGAAAAGCUAUCUGUGUCACUAUUACUACAUCAAUUACAAAGUGUUUGUGAACGUUGUGAAGUACAAGUUGGACAGAAUGAGGGAAAGGAUUCAAGCCGAAGAGAGAACAGUGUCUAAUAGAACGUCUUAUAAUUGUCCGAACUGUCAAAACACGUAUUCCGAUCUUGAUGUUGAUAGACUUAUAGACCCUGUUGAAGGAGUCUUAAAGUGUUUCAUGUGUAAUACAAUAUUGACUGAAGAUACUGAGGAAGGUCUUGAUGUCAUUGAUGUACGUUCAAUGCUCUCCAAACUGAAUGAGCAGUUGAAACCAGUCUUAGAGAUCCUCCGUGAAGUGGAUAACAUCAGUUUAGCUGAACACAUACUUGAGCCCGAACCACAGAGUAUCAAGAAUUUAAUACAAGAGAAUAAAUAUGACAAAAACAAAUCUCAACAAGGAAAAGGGAAUUGGACUACCAGUAAAGUUGAUGAUAUUUAUGGAGAUCAGACUAUUAGCAUUAAUAUUGGGACUGAAGAGGAGCUGAGACAAAAAGCUACUCAAAAAGAUGCACCACAAUGGAUGAAGGAGAGCACUGUAUUUGAGUCAUCAGCCAGUGCCACUGUGACUGAGAAGGAAGAUAAAGGAGGAGCAGGAAUCACACUAGGACCUAAGACAGUUUUACCUGGAGAUGAAAUAAUGGAAUUAUUGUCUCAAGAAGAGUCCAGUAAUAUUACUAAAGAGGCUCCCAGCAGUAGCAGUAGCAGCGAUGAUGAGUCAACUAGUGAUGAUAAUGAGGACAUGCAGCAAAGCAGCAGAGACAUGUCACAACUGCAACAAUCACAAUUUGAUGAAGUUGAUUCUAAUAUUAGCUCAAAUGAUGAUGAAGAUAGUGAAGAUGACGAAAUGACACUAAAAGUUGGUGAUCAAGUAUAUGAGCUUCACAAAAUCACUCCUGAUAUUGUGAACUCAAUGACAUCAGAAGAGAAGGAGAGAUAUACUCAGUUGUGUCAGCAGGCAUAUAAUAAUUUGUACUAAUUUUUACGUUCUUCAUUUUAAUAAGGUGCUUCUAUUAUUCUGUUUCCAGUUCCAAUUGUAAUUAGAUGAUCUGAUUUCAUGACAAAUUUUAUGUUUA